CAUGUAUUUCAAUAACAACAGUGUCAUAAAACGUAAGAUAAAUUAAAGAUGAUUCUCCUGUUUUGUUCAUGGUUUUUAGUUCAAAUUGCUCUAAAUGCAGAUUGUUUGGAUUGCCAUCACUAUAAAGAAGUACUUGAAUAUGAGUCUUGUUCUCUCAGAUGUGUCUCUUGUUUCGACAUUGAACUUUGCUUCAGAUGUUAUAAUGGCAGGUAUAGUAAUAUUUGUGAUGAAAUAUGUCGCAAUUUCAGUCCAGAAUUUAAUGGCGUGGCGGAUUGUGAAACCCGAUUCGGGAUAUGUGUUAACGGGUGUAUAGAUGGCUAUUUCGGCCACCGUUGUGGCGAUGUAUGCAUACAUUGUAAACAGGAUACACCAGGUGUUUCGAAUUGUAACGUUUACACUGGAUUUUGUACAAAUGGAUGUGUAGAUGGCUAUUACAGUCCCCGUUGUGAUCAUGUAUGUGGACAUUGUAAACCGGACAAUCAAGGCGUGGUGAAAUGUGACUCUGACACCGGGACAUGUUCUAAUGGAUGUGUAGAUGGCUAUUACAGUCCCCGCUGUGAUCUUUUAUGUAAACUUUGUAAACCGGAUAAUCAAGGCGUGGUAAAAUGUGACUCUGACUCAGGGACAUGUACCAGUGGAUGUGUAGAUGGCUAUUACAGUUCCCGGUGUGAUCGUGUAUGCAAACAUUGUAAACUGGAUAAAAUAGGCGUGGUGAAAUGUGACUUUGACUCCGGGAUAUGUGCUAAUGGAUGUGUAGGAGGCUAUUAUAGUCCCCGUUGUGAUCGUGUAUGUGAAAAUUGUAAACCGGAUAAUGAAGGCGUGGUGGAAUGUGACUCUGCCUCUGGGGCAUGUGCUAAUGGAUGUGUAGAUGGCUAUUACAGACCCCGCUGUGAUCGUGCAUGUGGACAUUGUUUACCGGACGAUUUUAAUGUUUUAAAAUGUGACCAUUACACUGGUUAUUGUGCUAAGAGUUGUGUUAAUAACUAUUUUGGUCGUCGUUGUGACAGGAAAUGUGGAAACUGUCUACCCGACGAUAAGGGGGCAAUUACGUGUGACAUAUACACAGGGAAUUGUCCUAACGUUUGCAUCAAAGGUUACUCUGGUAAAACCUGUGAUACAAAAUGCAACAGUAACUGUCUGGAUUCAAACCCAAAUACAAAUGUAUGCGACAUAUCAUCGGCAAAAUGUAUUUAUGGCUGUGUACCAGGCUAUUAUGGUGACACAUGCAAUGAAACUUGCAGCGGCACGUGUUCGAAAAAUGCAUGUAGUCAAGGGUCGGGCUUCUGUGAAAAUGGAUGUUUUUCUGGUUGGUAUGGUAACAUAUGCAAUGAUUCUUGCAGCGAUACCUGUUCUCUAAGUUCCUGCAAUCAAAACUCGGGCUUGUGUGACAAUGGAUGUGUUUCUGGUUGGCUUGGGGAAACGUGUGGAGAAUUGUGCAGUAACACUUGUUAUAACAAGUCCUGUGGUCAAUAUUCAGGAUAUUGUGUCAAUGGAUGUAUUUCUGGUUGGUAUGGAGACACGUGUAAUCAAACGUGCAGCGAUAAAUGUUCUUUGAGUUCCUGCAAUCAAAAGUCUGGCUUCUGUGGUAAUGGAUGUGUUUCAGGUUGGUAUGGUGACACAUGCAAUAAAACUUGCAUCGGCACGUGUUCUAAAAGAGCCUGUAGGCAAAAGUCGGGCUUCUGUGACAAUGGAUGUAUUUCAGGUUGGUAUGGUGACACAUGCAAUAAAACUUGCAGCGACACGUGUUCUAAAAGGGCCUGUAGUCAAAAUUCGGGCUUCUGUAACAAUGGAUGUGUUUCUGGUUGGUAUGGUGACACAUGCAAUAAAACUUGCAGCGACACGUGUUCUCUUAGCUUAUGCAAUCAAACAUCUGGUUUCUGUGAAAUAGGAUGUGUUUCAGGCUGGUAUGGGGACAGUUGCCGAGGGUCAUGCAGUAGCACCUGUUAUAAUAAGUCCUGUGGUCAACAUUCGGGCCACUGUGACAACGGAUUUGCGUUGUCAUACUAUGGAGACACGUGUAAAUUCAACUGCGCUGACACUUGUAAAGAACGCGUUUGCGACAGGGAAACAUCACAGUGUUUGCGGGGAUGUGUAGCAGGGUAUCAAGGAGCAUUUUGUAAUAUGACAAUGAACAUCGGUCAUGAUUCUGUUUUAGUUGGCUUUACAAGCAGUCUGGCUGGAGUUAUAGUAUUACUUGUAAUCACCUUAAUUACCAGGUUUAUAAGAAGAGUAGUCGUCAGAGGCAAGCAUUAUGGCAACCUUCAAAUUUCUACCAGAGACACAUCAGCGCCAAUAUAUGACGAGAUACCAGACAAUGAUGAUACAACAGAGGAACGCCAUGUAAGUGGUAGCCAUUUAUACAUGGAAGUUGGAACCGCCCAGAUAUCUAAGAUUAUACAUGAAUCUGGACCCAGAUCGCAUAACAGAUGUGAUAACGAAAUUGCUGGUAAUUGUGCAACAACACUCUCAGUUGUAGAAACCAUUUAUAACACACCGCUUGUUUGUUCGAGCGCUCUUAACCUGCCUGCAUUACACUUUGAAGUCAAUAAAAGCAAUAAUGGUGAGUCCGGUGAAAUUCAUACAUCCAGUUUCAUUUCUUUAGAUAAUGUCGAUCUUCACAGAAAAAGUUCAAACCUAUCAAGAAAAUAUUAUGAAAUACCUGACAUAUUACCUGACCAUGAUCAUAAUAUUGAAAUUGAAAGGAACGGUAGCAAUGAAGGCUAUGAAACUCUCAUAUCCGGUCCAACUUCUACUGACCAGUAUGCCGAAGCAAAUGGUGCAAAUCUAUCCGGACAAUGUAACAGAAUGGCUGACUUUGCUACAAGUUCAACUAGAGAUUCAAAAAGAACACCAAGCAAAGAAUUGAUGUCCACAAGAAAUCAGCAAAUAGAUGUUAAUGACAUCAACCUGACUCUACAAAAGGCUAAAGGUAAACGCAAUUCCAGUUCGUCUGGAUACGAUUUCGACAUACCGUUGGAAUCACAUCAAACACAAGAGAAGGUAACUGAAGGAGACGGUGACAGCUUAAAUUAUAUACAUCCAGUGAACUAAAAUUAUAAUAACAUUCAAACAAAAAUUACUUUCCUUUCGAAAUGAGAAAGAAGUUUCAGAAGAAUCAAGAUUGAUCCUUUAAUAAGGGAUCUUUAGCAAAAUUUCCAUGGAAACCAACUGAUUUGUUGAAGUGUUGUAUAUUGAUAUAUGUAAUAGUUUCUUACACUUGAGUUGAAUACAUGUUACUGGCAUGAGAAAAUGCCUGAUCAGGGUAUUUGAUGACGCAAUGUCUAUUUCGAGACAUAGCGUAUGUUUGUUGUACGGUUACCUGCGUUUUUCUCGUUGGUUGUGUCUGUAUGAACGAGUCAAAGACUCCAUAAUAGGCACGUCUAAAAUGCCCGCUUUGACUGAACUGUUUAUAAUUUUGUUGUUAAAUUGAAACACGUCAGGCUUUUACCGAUGUAAUGCAGUGUUGAAAGACCGACACAGAGCUCUCGACUUCAUUCCACCUCUUCAGUUUAUCUUUACAACAAAAUAAAGGAUAAAAUGUCCUGCAAAAAUUGACAAAUACUUAAUUAUGGCUUAAGUACAGAAAUCGCUUCUGAAACAAUGCCUUUUAGAUCGCAUUGUAAAAAGACAAUUAUUGUUGUUUUUUUCUGAAGUUUCAAUUUGCUAAGUGAAUCAUUAUUAGCACAUAUUGAAAUUUUAAAUAGGACAAUACAGCCAUUUGCGAUUAUAUGAAUAUGUUUGUAUAAAGUAGGUUUGAGUUACUCAGAUCUUGUCGGUCGUAAAUAAACGGUUUUAUAAAGUAAGAAAAUGACAAGGAUAAAUGUUCAAUAGAUAAGACACAUUCUAAAACACUGCCCAUAGCAUGCGGACCAGCACACGCAGAAAAAAAACAAAUGCACAGAAAAAGAGAAAUCAACCAAAUAUGAACAAAACAAACAAGCAAAGCAACGCAGUGGGACAUCACUUUGUAACAGUCAGUGUCAAAACCAUCCAUCUCUAGGGAGCUUUAAACCGGUUUAAGUUGCUUCUAUCCUCACUCUUAUCCCCACCAUCUUCCAGAAUCACAAUCGCCAGAUGCAUCCCUUUCAUAUACGGUGGCAAGUGAAAGCAAGUUUAAUAAAACACAAUAAUGCUCUUGUAAUUUUAUACAAAAAGCAAAUCUUAGGAACGAAAUCGCACUCAAAGUUUUUGCAGAGAAAAGAUAUAAAAGAACGUCCUCUACCUGUUUCGUCAAAAUCCAUUAAAGGGGGAAGCGUAGCGUCAAACUGGAAAAGGGCGGAAGGCUCUAUAUACGGUGUGUCUCAAAACAGGUGGGUCAUCAUGUUUUAUAUAUACACAUUUACCAAACUGGAAAAUUGUCAUGACUCAAAAUCGCAUUGUAAACAAUAUCCCCAUACAUCUUUAAAAGAUUUGUACAUGCAAUCCGCCGUGCUACUACCAGCAGUUUAUACAUGGAGGUUGAUACCAGUGAAUAUAGUUCUAAUUCCAAUGAUGAUAACAAAAUUACCGGAAAAUUGUAGAGUAAUCGGAGUUGAAGCAGUUGUGUAAACGAUUAAUAACACCCCGCCGCUUGUAUGCGCUUUAAACAUGUUCAAUAAUUCUGAUGUUGACACAACUCCUGCCGACAGGUACAACUCAGAUUCAUAGACAAAGUUCAAACCUUGCAAGAUAUAAUUAUGAAAUUCCUGACAAAUCAUACAAAAUAUACUGUAAUCCAAAACACUAAAAAUGAGAAAUGACACCAUUGAUGACUAUGAAAUUCCUAUAUACGGUGAACCCACUUUAGGUCAUAAUUUCAAAACUCUUAAAGCAAGUAAUGCAAAUCUAUCAAAACUACAAAACGGCUGACAAAGUUACAAGUCCGACAAGCAAUCCAUAUAGAACACAACACAAAACUUUGAGGUCCCCAGGAAAUAAAAAGUAUAUGCCCGUGAAAAUAAAAUAAACCUCUUUCAUUUUGAUAAAUUAAAGCAAAAGUUGAUACAUGAGAAAAAAGAUGAAAACAACAAAAGACAACCAUGAUAUAGAAAAUAACCAAACGCCAUAAAAUCCCGAAGAA